CUGUAUAUAAACUUUUUUAUAUAGAAGACUUGGCUCAACCUUACCUGCUCAAGGUUGAGGGGUCAAUGAGGAAAAAUAAAAAGCAAAGCAAAGAAAGUUCAUUGAAAAAGCUAAAAGUAUGUAAAAGCUUAAAAGAAAGCUGAUUUUUCUCAAAGCAAACUGCUUUUUAUUUUCUUUCUUUUUACCCUCAUCUCCUCUCCUCUCUAUAUCUCCCCUUAUUCUUUCAUCUCAUAAAGCUGAAACAAACAAACAACUUACCCCCACUUCAACAUCUGUGUACUACUGAAUCAAUAAGAUUUCUGAUAGAUUUUGCACUAUACUUAUACCUAUAUCUGAUUCCAAAUCCAAAUCCACCCAUAUGUUUGACAACAAUCACAACAACAAUCCAUCUUCUUCUUCUGAUCCCUUUCUUAUUUCACCAGAUAAUGGUCUUUCCAACAAAAGAAAAAGACGUCCCGCUGGUACCCCAGAUCCGGAUGCUGAAGUUGUGUCAUUAUCACCAAAGACAUUGUUGGAAUCAGACAGAUAUGUAUGUGAGAUCUGUAACCAAGGUUUCCAAAGAGAUCAAAAUCUACAAAUGCACCGGCGCCGCCAUAAAGUGCCAUGGAAGCUCUUAAAAAGGGAGUCACCGGAGGUUAAAAAGCGGGUUUUCGUGUGCCCGGAACCAAGUUGUUUGCACCAUGAUCCGUGUCAUGCACUUGGGGACUUAGUAGGGAUCAAAAAACACUUUAGAAGGAAACACAGCAAUGAUAAACAAUGGGUUUGUGAGAAAUGUUCUAAAGGAUAUGCUGUUCAAUCUGAUUAUAAAGCUCAUCUCAAAACUUGUGGCACUCGAGGCCAUUCUUGUGAUUGUGGCCGAGUCUUUUCCAGAGUCGAAAGUUUCAUCGAGCAUCAAGAUGCUUGUACCGUCCGACGUGUCCACCCGGACCUCCCGAUGUUCCAACCGGCUUGUUCAUCUCGAACCGCGUCAAGUACAAGUCCAUCAAGCGACACGAAUUUAAGUAACAUUCCGACGUUGCAACGUAUACCACAUAUCCCUCCUCAAGAAGACACACAUACUCAAAACAACUUAGAGCUUCAACUUUUACCAUCUUCUUCGUUAUACGAACAAAACAACGAUAACCAGACCAAUUUGAAGCUAUCUAUUGGAAAUGGAACUAGCUUUCACAAAGAAGAAAAAAUGAAGAUGGCAAUUGCGGAAAAUGAGUUGGCAGAAGAAGCUAGGCAACAAGCUAAGAGACAGAUUGAAACUGCGGAGUUGGAGUUUGCAAACGCUAAACGGAUCAGGAAACAAGCUCAAGCGGAAUUGGAAAGGGCUAAAGCUUUAAGAGAACAAGCUACUAAAAAAAUUAGUUCCACCAUCUUAGAGAUCACUUGUCAUUCGUGUAAGCAGCGGUUUCAAGCUAGUAAUAACGGUGUAGUCACUACGGCUGAUGAGAUGUCAUCUGCUGUCACCGAGGGCGAUGGAGAUUAACUAGUAAUAAUUUUUGCAAACCCGUCUCCGUUUUUGGGAUCUUUUUCUUCCUUCAAACUUUAUUUGUUUUGUAUGU